AUGGCCAACUCUGAUAGUGAAAUGGGCAUAAUGCUAAAAACAUACGAAGAUAGAGUCGUCCAUGGUUCAACAAUAACUUUUAAUUCAAUUAACUAUACAGUAUCUUCUAAAGGAUUCGUAUUGUGUUUGAAGCCGAAAAAAAAACAAAUUCUCUAUAAUCUCGCUGGAAUUUUCAAACCUGGUAUGAACGCAAUUCUUGGACCGACUGGCAGUGGUAAAUCAUCCGUACUAGAUAUAUUAGCUGGUCGAAAAGAUCGUCGAGGUUUAACAGGAGAAGUACUCAUAGACGGAGAACCUCAAAUGCACGAUUUUAAAUAUCAUGCCGGUUAUGUCGUUCAAGAUGAUAUGGUGAGCGGAACAUUGACUGUUCGUGAGAAUUUAGCUUUUUCAGCUAAUGUACGUUUACCGCGGAAUAUCUCUUCUAAAGAAAAAAUUGCUAUUGUCAAUCGAGUCAUCAGACAAUUAGGAUUAGAAAAGUGUGCUGAUUCAAGAGUAGGUACCGAAACUAGUCGUGGCGUGUCGGGUGGUGAACGAAAACGAACCAAUAUCGGUAUGGAAUUAGUUCUUUCACCGACUGUACUCUUCUUGGACGAGCCAACAACCGGUCUCGAUUCAUCAACGGCCAACAGUGUAAUUGAAUGUCUUGAUGAACUUUCAAAAAAAGGACAUACAAUCAUAUUUUCAAUUCAUCAACCUCGCUAUUCUAUAUUCAAACUAUUCGCCAAUCUUUUUCUAAUUGCUGCUGGACAUUGUAUCUAUCAUGGCCCAGCUAGUGAUGUUCUUUCAUUCUUUACUUCGGCCGGUUUCACUUGUGAAGAACAUGAUAAUCCAGCCGACUUUAUUCUAGACAUAUGUCAGGGUAUACGAUGGACAUCGCAGGCAAUAAUUGGAAAUGAAAUUGAGGGUGAAGGUCAGAAAAAAGAUAAAAUUGCUCGACAUUUACAUGAUAUCUAUAUUCAAUCGCCAACAUAUUCUUCCAUAAAUCAACAAAUAGUGAAUGCAAGUAUUGCAUCGAACGAAGAAAAGACUGCACAGCCUAAAUCAGUAUCACGAUCGGCUCUCAUCAAAAUGUUAUAUGUAUCUCAACGUACUCUACGUAAAUCAUUUCGAAAUCCAACUUUGAUGAUCAUGCAAACAAUAGUUCCUAUAUGUCUGGCCAUAUUUAUCGGUUUUCUCUAUUUUAAUACGAAUCGUACAUUAGAGAAUGGAAUCAAAAAUCGUUUUGGAGCUAUUUUUUUCAUUGUUUCCAAUCAAGUCUUUUUGAAUUUAUCAGCACUUGAAUUAUUUAUCAAAGAUCGUACGCUUUUUAUACACGAAAAUGCAAGUGGUUACUAUAGUACAUUAAUCUAUUUCAUUUCAAAACUACUUUGUGAUAUUCUUCCAUUACGAUCUAUUCCCUCUGUUCUUUUCUCACUUAUUGCCUAUUUCAUGAUUCAAUUUCAACGAACUGUUACCAAGUUUUUAAUUUUUCUAUUAACAAUAUUUAUGACAGCUAUUUGUUCAGCUUCGAUAUGUUUUUUCAUUUCGGCUAGUCUAGAAUCAUUCGGUCUGGCUAAUUUGGUUACAGCAGCAUAUUGCGUUGCAAUGCUUGUUUUUACCGGUUAUCUCCUUGACGUUACAACUACGAUCGAAUUUCUGGCGUGGAUAAAAUGGGUGAGUAUCUUUCGAUAUGCAUCAAACGCAAUUACUGUCAAUGAAUUUACUGAUUUGAAACUUUGCCAAACGAACAACACCAAUAUUUGUUUGAUUAAUGGCGAAGAUAUUCUCAAAGAUCAAAAAAUUGAUUAUUCAACAACGUGGGAUUUAUGGGCAAAUUUUGUAGCAUUAGGUGUUAUGACAUUUGUCUAUUUUGCUUUGACUUAUGUUCAAUUACUGCGUAUACAAAAGACGAAAUAA